CCCCCGAUUCACUUCCGGUGUUCACCGGAUGUUGCUAAGGAACACUGUAAUGACUGUGAAGCAGCUAGCGUUACAGAAACAAACCCAGCAAGAUGUGUACCUACUGUGUUUACAAGGUGCAGGUGGAAACGCUGUUCGAAAAAUAGUUGUUUACAUUCUCUUUAUAUUCUCUGUUAACAUCAAAUGAAGCCCUGGCUUAGGGAUGUAGGUGGUCCUGCAGGAGUGGAAGAAUGACAGCAGCAGUCCUAGGAUAUGCUGCUGUUUUACACUCUGCCUGCUGUGGGGACAAAGGACCUUCAGUAGCGCUCUUUCUUACACUGUGGGUGCAGCACUUUUACCUUGUGUUCUUGCUGUGCCUUACCAAACUGUGGACCAUGAUGGAGCGAAGAAAAGCCUUAACAAUACCAUUCACUAUUGACAAGGACAAAUUGAUGGAAAACCCAUUCAGAAUCCCCAUGACAUGUGUUUCAUCAGAGUGUGGGAAGCCUGAAAAACAGGUUUCUUGGACAGAAAUUGCAGGUUGCAAAAGCAUACAUUGUGAUUCACAGCAUAAAAACGGAUCUGUGCUGUUCGGUCCCAACCAUGCAGCCAAGGGUCCAUUGGAAAUGGCCGGGAGGAAGCCCUGUCUGAUCCUGACAGACAUCCUAAAGACAGAACUGGGCAAGGCUUAUAUGGAAAGGAUAAAACAGAAUUGUACCAUGGGAAAUGGGGGACAAGUUUUAAGUGCGCGGAGGGAAUGUGGUCAACACCAAGAGGAACGCCCAGUCUGCAGAGACAGGAGGUCCAGUCAGAGGGUAGCUAGGAAUGAUAAAAACCAGAGUGUAACUCCUACAUGCAACCAGAAGACCACCUUCUCUCCCUCUCAAAGAUCACGACUCCGGAGAAGGUUACAAAAUGCUGAAGACAACGUGGACAAAAAGGAAAAAGAUAUCCAGGAGGUGAUAAUAGGCAAGGACUGUGAAGAAGACUUUGUUGACUGUGGGUUGUCAGUGAGCUGGGAGCCUACUGAGGAUAGAGGAGGAUGUGAUGAAUUCUCUCCAGCGAGCAUCAAGGACAGGUGGACUGAUCCAGAAAAAGAAGUACAACACAGUUUGCAGAAAAGGAAAAGAAAGGAUGCAGGGUCCCAGUGCAAUGGAACUGGCAGUCCCAAACGCCAUCGUGAGAGUGUGCUUCGCCUCUCAGGGGAAAACAAAAGAGAUGGAGCACCGGCUACAACACGUAUUUGUGUAGGAGAAAGUGGAGAAGAUGGUGAUUUGGAGAGCCUGGAUCGUAGCAUUGUACAGUUCACUGUGGGAGCAGAUGAUCCAGCAGGUGCUCUGGUCCCAAUCAUCAACCCGAAUUUGGAGGCUGGAGACUUUAUUGAUACCCCCAAACAAAGUGUAUUGUCUAGCCAUGACAACACAACCAAAGCUAGCCCCUCUGAACCCAUUGUGCUGUCCAGUGACGAUGAGGAGAGCUGUGACGACUCUCAGCACUGCAGCCCAGCGCUGGUCACUGUGGAAGACACAGCAGUACAGGGACAGUCCCCACAAGAAGCUGUGACCAAAGAGCAGAAAGCUUCCCACACAGAGGACUUGCAGCUGUUGCGUAUAGUUGUAGAUCUUCCUCCGAUGGCAGUUUCUCUCAUCCCCAGUGUGGACUACACCGGCAUGGCCUUGGGCUUUUCUACCCUGCACUGUGGAGGUUACCAAGGGAAAUCGAAUGGCAACAUUGUGAUAGAAGACCAAAAAAUGUUCAUCCCAUUGACAGACAUUAAUGAACAGGUGGAGGUGAUAUUGACCUUUGAGCGCAAAGAGCUGCGGAAGUACAGUGUAUGGGAGCAGCAGGAACUGGAGGACCAAGAGCUUCACUUAAAUUGGAAUGAGGAGCCCUCCCCUCCUGCGUUCCUUCUGUUAUGUGUGUCAGAAACUGCUGCAGCUGCUGUACAGAAGGACCUGCUCAAGCUGUGUGCCAAACAUGAUGAAACCACGAACACCGGUAAGGCGAGCCCCUUCAUCCUGAUGACUCUUAGAGCUCCUCUGGAGGGAAUGGAGGGGACUUUAUUUCGCUCCCUCCUGGAAAUUGACUGUCUCAGCAGUCUUGCAGAUGAGCAAUCCAUUGUUCCCCGUGAUGCUGAUGGAGUUCAUUAUUUGGAAGAUUUCAAAACUCCUGUUCUUUCUCUGGAUGAUAGCAUAGAGAUGAUUAGAACAAGUAGACUGGACUCUCACCUUCUGUCUCUGCUGGGCCUGGAGAGCACUGACCCUAGACUCACCCCUGACCAUGAUGGUCUGCAUUCUGAUACAGACAAAAACGCUGCACCACUCAUCCAACUGGAUGUUGAUUCACAAAAAGAGACAGUACUGCAGCUGGAGGCAGAGAUAGAACAAGAAACAGAGACACAACUCAAACCAGAGUAUGAUCACAAAGAGCAAGAGCUUGAUCAUCCCUCUGAGAAAAAGGACGAACCCAUUCCUGUAUACACACUGUGCCAUCGGAGAACCAGGGGAUCCUACUGUGUGUCCCUGUGUAAACCUGACUCCAGCUGGACUAAAUAUAAGCAUCAGGGCCUGGCUCACAGAUUGAUCCAGUUUCCUCCCCCUCCAUUGAAAGGGGGGAUAACAGUUACAAUGGAGGACCUGCAGUGCCUUGACAGUGGACAUUUUCUCAAUGAUGUUAUCAUUGAUUUUUACCUCAAAUACCUCCUCCAUAAGGCCUCUGCUGCUGUGGCUGAGCGCUCCCACAUCUUCAGCAGCUUCUUCUAUAAGCAGCUAACAAGGAGGGACAACGCCAGUGAAGGCAGCACCAAGGAUUCCUGUCAGAGGCAGAGGCGGCACCAACGGGUGAAGACAUGGACACGCCAUGUGGACAUCUUCAAAAAGGACUUCCUUUUUGUUCCUGUCAAUCAAGAGGCUCAUUGGUAUUUAGUUGUCAUUUGCUUUCCUGGACUGCAUGAGCAAAAACAUGAGGCCUGGAAUGGUCCAAUAUCACAGAUGGGAUACAGUCAAAGAGGAACAAGUAAGCUACAGGUUGAAGAGGUGAUUCAGAGAUCUAAAAGCUCAAAUGAUGACACAGAGUCAGUGCCUACAUCAUCCACAUUAAACCACAGUGACAAUUCGGACACACACACAGAAGACGCUCAAGAAGAAUCCACUAAAGACACAAAACCUGGUCCAGUGAGCUGCACAGAGCGAACCUACCAGAAGAAAACUGUUUGCAAAAAGCCGUGUAUUCUUGUCAUGGAUUCCCUCAAACGUUCUCUCCAUGAGCGAGUCUUCAAACUCUUACGGGACUACUUGGAGUCAGAAUGGGAGGUCCGUCGUGGUUCAGAAAGGGACUUUGGUCCUGAUCAGAUGCAAAGCUCACACUGCCGAGUUCCCCUUCAGGACAACAGCAGCGACUGUGGCCUCUACCUGCUGCAAUAUGUUGAGAGUUUUUUGGAGGACCCUGUGGUGCACUUUGACCUCCCUCUACAGCUAGAACAUUGGUUUCCACGGCAGCAGGUCUGGAGGAAACGAGAUGAAAUCAGAGAUUUGGUUCUAAAUCUUUACCGACGUCAAAACUUGGACAGCAUCAGAUAAACAUGUGAAGCAGCUCUGCUGCUUUGUGUGUCACAUUCCUGUAGCCUUUAUUUAUCACUGCUCAUACUGAGCGAAUGACAUUUUAGUGUGAACUGAAAAUAUUUCCUUUAAAUUAGAUGGUGUAAAUGUUUUAUGCUUUAACUUGAACAAAAACCUUUGACUGUCUGUGGGUGAACAUGAGGGCAUCACUUAAUUUAAAAUAAACAACCAAAAAGAGAUUAAAUUGCAUUUAAACAUAGAGAUGAUUGAACAGCACAUGACUUUUCUGAUUGUUUUUAUGCUGCAGUAAGAUAUUUUUUAAAUACAUUUUUUAUUGACUAUUCUUUGUAGACUCAAAAAUAAAAUAAGAAACUGAGAAAUACAAUGAUGAUAAAAACUAGUUUGUGCAGCAAUUUGUAAGCAGUUUCGGUUUGGUUUACUUGCUUUGCUGAUUUCAUGUGUGACUUCCUACUUCAGUCACAGGUUUUCUAACUGUGCACUCUUUAAUUAUGCUUUUACUGGAUCUGAAUUCCCCUGAUUAUUGGUCAGGAUAUGAACUAUGUUGCAGUUUCUUUUCUCAGUGUCAUUCUAAGAUGACAUGCCAGUGAAGCCUCAGGAACUGGAAACCCACCAUGAAACAGUAGUUCAGUCUUUUGCCCCUUGUUGGAUACAUGAAACAAAAAAAUGAUCUGUUUCAGCAGCUCAGUGCCUCACUCAGUUAUCGGUGUCUGCAGAUGACACCUUUCUUUGGAGCAGAGUUCAACUGUUGUAUGCUACCAUUUUUCUGUGACACACUGCAGUGCAAUCCAUAAUGGACACAUGACUUAUUUUGGAACACAGUGAUGGUGGCAGAUACCAGCAUUUACUGUAAUAAAAUUGACAGAAUUAGACCAGAUUGUGAUGUCAGGCUAUCAGUGCAUACUGCUGCAUAUUGGGGUUUUUUGCAUCUAAAUCAUAUGUAUAGUAUAUAUAUGCUGUACACUAUAUCAUAUGUUAGAACAUAAAUCAUUGUUCAGAUACUCAUGUGGCAUUGAAGGUGUUUUUUAUCCACCUUUGACACACUGUUCAGGGGUGCACAUAGAUUAGCAUGUGCAGCGUUGAGCUUUCAAACAGGAAACCUACUGAAAUCAUGGCAGUCCAACACUGUUACCAAAGUUCUUCUCAGAGACAUCAGUCUUGAUAGUCUUGUAGUUUUCCCCUUUUGAUUCAGGUGUUUGUCUCGUUUAACACUUAGUGAUGUCCUCAAAGACGUUUGUUUAGACAGUUCAUUGACUGGAAGUACAGAAGCUGAUUUCAAAAUGUCUCUGGUUUCAGUUUGUGUAUUAAAACUCCUAGACCAAAUCACA